AUGUUCCUCCUCUUCAGCAUCUCUCUCUUCUUCAUCGUCACCGCUACCGCCCUAUUUUUCACGCGAUCAUAUUGGCUUCAAUACCUGCCCGACGUCAGCAUCCGCCUACCCUCGGCCGACUACCUCUACGCCCGGCUGCCGUCGACCUUUGCGGGCGACAUCGAGGCUGGCCUUUCGAGCAGUACCUUUGAUCUCGGCAGCAAUGUGGAGGCGGGCGACAGUCGCGCGGGAUUGGAUGAUGCCAGCAAGAGGGAGAUUCUCAAGAUUAUGAAGACGCGCCGGAUGAACUUUGACAAGGCCCGAAAGGUCUACAUGGAGAAUCGGUUCAAGGCCAAUGGUAUUGGUCCCGACGGACGUCCGAGAGAUCCGAAAUUUAGCUCUGGUCUGCCUAAUUCUUGA